UUCUUCCCUCGUGCAUCUCAUCAAUCCUCAUCUUCAUCUUCAAUCAAUAGAUUUGAUUACAAUUAACAAACUCUCUUCAAUCAUCAAUCAUGUCCGCUUGCUCUGGAGACCCUAAGAACUGUUCUUUCUGCGGAAGCACCCCCGUCGAUUGUGCGAAACAUGAAGUCACAGGAUGCACAGCCAAUCCUACUCAGUGUACGGUGUGUGAGGGUAAGGGAUGUGUAGCAGUUGAAUGUACCGGAAACGUAGACUCGUGCCCUGCUUGCAAAGGAAACUUUUCUUCUUGCCGCAAACAACAAUUCUCCGCCACGGAAGGUGUUGAGCAUGUUCAGAAACCUGCACAUGUGUGAUAUACCCUUCCUCUUUCACACUUCCUCACGUCCCAGGCAAUCGUGGGGAUC